UUCCUGUUGCAGCGUUCACCGGUGCGAAGACACGAAUUUGACAGUUCCGACGAAGAGGAGAAUGAUGCUGUUGAAAAUCUCACACCUUUACAAAUAGAUUGGUAAAAGAAAUUUAUUACGGUAUUCAGUCAGUAUCGUAAUUGGUUGUAAUGCUCCAUUCAAGCCUCUUAAAGUCAGUUUGUGUGCAUAUUGUGAUGUUAUCAGCAUGAAUGAAUCUGCCUCUGGUUGGAUUUCUCUACCUUAAUUUUUGUAGUAAGCUUACUGAAAUUUACUUACUUUACUUUAAGUAACGGACACCCUAAUUAAUAUGUAUAUGACACCCUGGUUUAACAAUGACAUGACCGCCAGUGAAUUUGCGAAUGCAACCAACUUUGUAAACAUUCAUAGGGGUGUUCGUUUAUUAAUAACUUGGGAAUUAAGUAGUCUAUGAAUGUUUGGUCUAGAAUCAGGGAUCCAGCAAACUUUGAAAAACCAGAUGUGCAUGUACAGUUAGCUGCAUUAAUUUUCACCCUGCUCUAGACAAGGAACAUACCAUCAAGCCAGGUCAAGCGUACCCCUAGCCUCCCAUUCUCUUAUAUUUCCCGAUAAAUGACAGAUAAACUUACAUAAUACCCGCAAAUUUUCAUACCCCUACAUGUACCUGUGGUGGUGGAAACCAUGCAACCUCCCCCCCAGUGGUGUCUGACCCUCUCCAAAACUCAACAACUCUUGCAAAUCUAGUCCUUUACCAUCUACAGUGGUACAAGGAUAGGACAAAGUCCAAAACAAGCUGAUAUUUGUGUGUUAGCCAGAAGGAGUGAAACCUAUGUUCAAAGGGAUGCUUAUUGAGGGGUGGACGGGAGGUCUAUUUGAACAAUUUAUCUGGCUAAUGCACAUCUUUACACCUGAAGAAGUUAACAGUAGGGAAGAAGUUUUUCAUUAUGGCAUCAAUUUACUACGUGUACCAGAACACUCCUUACCAGGACUCCAGUCCAAAAUGAAUUCUGGUAUUUUUAAUAAAAUGACCAGGCUGACAUGCAAGUAUUAGCCUGGUGAUUUCUUUGAUUUUAGGGUAGACCUUUCAUUCACUGGUUCUUGUGCAGAAGUUAUUUGCAUCAGUGAAUUGCCAGGUAAUUUUUUCUUAUUUUUGAGAAGAAUUUUUAAUGAUUUGGGUGGAUUUUAAUUGGGAUGCAGAUUGACAACAGGGGAGACUUGAGAAUAGUAUAGUGCAUUGUAAGAUCUCAUUUUCUGAAACUAAGCAGUUCCUCUUCCUUCUGAGGCCACAGCUACUGAUGUACAUGUCAUGAGUGUCACAUUUAAUGUUGCUAAAGUUAAACUACAGCUGUAUUCGUGUAUGUACCAGGGCAUGGCUUUCUUCAAUUCUCAAAUUAUGUGUGAGACAAACGGUUUUCAAAUUUAGACGUGGGGCAGAUGACCACCCUCUUCUAAACUCUUGAAAUUAGUUUAAAGCUCAGUCAACUGCCAUCAUUUGUAUAUUACCGAAAUAAGGCACCUCUGAGCCUUUUACGUCUUGAAGUGUUAAUGCUGAUUGAUUAUCUGUUUAUUGUCAAUUUAGGCUGUAAAUAUAAGGAUACAAACAGGAAUUUAACUGUGGAUAUAGGUUUGUAAAUUUGAGGCUACACUGCUUAUAGUACAUGUACAUUAUCGUUUUAGUUAGAGGUUGAUCUGCCAUGUAGAGAACCAGUCAAACUAAAUGACUGAAGAUUGACCAAAAAGGCACCCUUGGUAACCAUUAUCACUGAAUUGUAUUUUUUUUGGUCCCCUUUAGCACAACUUAAAGCAAUCAACAUCACAGAUGUGUUUGUGUUCUGUUCCUCUGCUGAGAUGAUCAGGUAAGUCAUUAAUGACCUUACAAAAUUAGUGUGUUUGUCCCCUUACUGUAGUUUUCAUACUAGUGAACAGAAGUUCCAAAGCAAAAGCUUAGUAAGAUUCACCAGGCAAUCACUCUUUAGGCCAAAUGCAUGUAUGCCAAGAUCUUAAACUCUAAAUCUGUGAUUGAAAUCCUUGGUGUUAUUUUACUCUUUAAAUUUUGCAUAGUAUUGUUUGAAAUAUCUCUUUGAAAAAAUUCUACAAAUUAAAACACAAUUUUAAGCUUUUCUUUGGCCACUUUGUAAUUGGGGUACGUGGGGUCGUCCAUUUACAGCCACUUGGGCGGAGUCACACUGUACCUCCCAUUGGAGCUGGGAGCACUGCAUGACCCCUGCCCAAGCAGCUCUGAAGGAGACUAACUUAAUUUGAGAUAAAUGAAUUAACCUUUUACAAUAAAACUAUUUCUGUUUUCAGGUGUAGAGUUCCUCAUCUGAUUGAUGAGUACCACUGGGCUGGCUUUGGAGUUCACCACUUCCCUGCUGAGGGUGGCAGUGUUUUAGCAAUAAGCGACUGUGAGGUUUUGAUAGAGCAGUUAAGGAAAUGUAUCACUUUUGGACACAAAACACUUUUACAGUAAGUUGACCUAAGGCCUGGGGGCAGGGGGUACUUGGGUUAAUUAUUUUUGCUGGGUAUGUGCUGCUGGCCUCUCAGAACCCCUACCCCAUUAAAUUAGUCUAUUCUGUGGCCAGAAGACCCCAUCUUAUCCAUUUUUGAGGAUCCCAUCUUAUAAUUAGUCACUUUCUGUUUGUGUAUCUACCUUAUAAAGCCUUUUAACUUAAGCAUUCUAAAAUGAAGUGACAGAUUUUUUAAAUUGAAUCAAGAACAGUACUUUUCACCUGCAGUAUAAACAUUCUGGUACAUUUGCUAGCUGCAAAUGUGAAGAACUUUUCUUACCCAAAAAUCCAAAAAAUGUGUGACCCCAUUAUAGUCAACCCAGUUGUGAAAAUGCGACCCUAUCCAAGGGCACAUCUGCAUUAGCCUCUUAUAAGGAAGUACUGUCUGUUGCACCUUAGAGCAUAACUUGAUGGUCCACUGAAUGGUACUGUGUUCAGGGUCCUUUGUAAUUGUUUUGAAAAUAUUUAGCAAUUAUUCCUAGAGCCUGAGUGGGCUCUGAGUCAAUAGCCCGUGAGGCUGAAGGCCAAAUUAUUGUUCUAGUGAAAUCCAACUAGUUGGUUUAAAAUAUCAAGACAAUACAACUUUAGCUAGUUAACGCUAGACUUAAAGCCAUUGUUUUGGUUUUCAAAGCCAGUUCUUUUUACUAUUAGUGGGCUAUGACAUAUAGCCUAGUAGUAGCUCAGCCAAUCAGAUUCAGCAUUAAUUGAUAAUAGACCAUUAGUUGGAUUUUACUUACUACGUAGCCCUGUGAUGAAAUUUACAAUCAUGGGGACAAUGUUCACCAGUUUGACGGCCUCCUGGUAGGGCAGUCCUGGGCAUAUUAGUACACACUGAGCGCUUUUCAAGGUACUUUAUUUGGCAGGGCAUUAAAAAAGGCAGGUGCUGUGUGCGUAAGAACAAAUUUAGCAAUUAUACAAGCAGGGUAGAAAGUGGACAUAUCCUGUUGAGGAACUCUUGAUCUCUUUAACUGCACUAAAAAAUACAGACACUUGAAUGCUUUCUUGAUUGCUAAUCUGCCAUUUUCUAAUAUUUUUAUAUAUUUUUCAUUCUUAGCUGUGUUUCUGGUUUAGGAGUUUCUUGUUUAGGUAAGUGACAACAGCUGUUAAUGUGUUCAUUGAGGCUGCCUAUGUUUGAGAGAGUGCCUAUAAAAUAUUGGCAUUCAAUGGCCACCCACCCAUUAGUCCAGAUUCGAAUUUGUCAUGGCUGCUGAAUAACGCCUGCAAAGACUUAUUUAUAUAAGGUUAGCCUUGACCUAAAGUAAUUCACAAAUACUGGCAAGAUGGUGUCUAAAUUUGAGUUUAAAUUGUAGACGCAGUUGUAGAAGCUAAGGUCUUCUUCUGACUAGAAUUUGUGAAAUAUUUUCCUUAGGUUUGAAGGCUUACCCUAACCAACGAGACUUCAGUGCUUCUUUUCAGUGGCCCUGAUGAAUUAGAAACUGGGGUAUAAAAUUUUUAAUUUGAUUUUCAUUUACCCAUCUUGAAAAUGUACUUGCCAACAAAGAAAUAAUUGCAAAUUACACUCUGAAAAUGUAUGUUGUGGUUCAAGUAUUUUUAAAUCAAUUUAAAUUUUUCAAACUAAUUUGAAACUUUUAAACACACCACUCAUUCUCAUUUAUUUGUGCUUCUGCCUGUAAAAUACUCUGUGUAAAAUAAACUUUUGCUUUUAAGGUGUCACACGUCACACAUUCAUAUAAUGGCCUCACAAUCUGUUUUUUUUUUUUGGUUUCUGUUCUGUUCAGCUGCAGCUGUCUUGUUACUGAGUCUGGAUGAAUUCAUGUCCCCUGAUCAUGUCAUCUCCAAGAUGCGACAAGUAAGAGGUCAGCGAGCCUUUCAAACAGUAAAGGUAUGA